AUGGGCUUUGAAAGAAGACAUUGGAUUAUUGUUGGCAGUGUAGGAAUUGCUUUGGCUAUUGCUGCUAUUGUCGGUGUUACAGUAGGAGUUGUUGCUGGACGACAAAAAACCAAUGAACAACGAACACGUAAUAUUCUUGCACAAAAUCCAUUGAUUGAUGGUCAUAAUGAUUGGGCUGGUGUUAUUCGAGUUGUUCUUCGAAAUAAUAUAUCUGGUCAUGAUUUUUAUAAUAUGACUCAAUAUGAUAGAAAAAAUAGUACACCAUCUCAGACAGAUAUAACACGUUUACGAAAAGGUCUAGUUGGAGGACAGUUUUGGUCAAUUUAUACACCUUGUGUUCAUCAAGGAAAAGAUGCUUUAAUAAGUUUUAUGGAACAAAUUGAUGUGAUGAAUCGAUUAAUAGAAAAAUAUUCUGAUGUAUUUCAAUUGGUUAAAACAGCUGAUGAAAUUCGACAAGCAUUUCAAGCUAAACGUAUUGCAAGUUUAUUUGGUGUCGAAGGUGGACAAUCUAUUGAAAGUACAUUUUCAAUUUUAAGACUUUUCUAUCAAUUGGGUGUACGAUAUAUGACAUUAACACACAAUUGUAAUACUCCAUGGGCUGAUCAACAUCAAGUUGAUCGAAUUAAUUCAACAUUAAUAAAAAAUAAUGGUUUAACAGAAUUUGGAAAAAAAAUUAUCACAGAAAUGAAUCGUCUUGGAAUGUUAAUUGAUUUAUCACAUGUUUCAAGAAAAACUAUGCUUGAUGUAUUGAAUACUACUCGUUCACCAAUUAUAUUUAGUCAUUCAUCAGCUUGGGCUAUAUGUAAUCAUUCACGAAAUGUUCAAGAUGAUGUACUUCAAUUAAUUAAGUCUAACCGUGGAAUUGUGAUGGUGGCAUUUACACCAGGUUUUAUAACAUGUGAUAAUGAAUAUAUUGUACAAAUUCCAGAUGUUGCAGCACACAUUAAUUACAUUCGAAAUGUUGCUGGUAUCGAUAAUGUUGGUAUUGGCGCUGAUUAUGAUGGUAUUGAUGAAACACCAGAAGGUCUAGAAGAUGUAUCGACUUAUCCAAAAAUUAUUGAAUAUUUAAUAUCGCAAGGAAAUUGGACUGAUAAUGAUAUUAUUAAACUUAUUGGUGGAAAUAUUUUACGAGUGAUAGAAGAAAAUGAAAAAAUUGCACGAGAUCUUCAAAAGAUAAUGCAACCAUUUGAAGAUUUAAUACCACGUAGUGAUUUAAUCAAAUACAAUUUAACUCAAUGUCGAUAUUUAGAUAUGUAUACAGAUGAAUCUAAUCAGUGA